AUGUCCAAAGGCGGCAAAGGCCGCAUCUUCCGCGCCAAUAUCGAGAUUCCCAGAGGCCAAGACGCAUCAAACCGCUCGGAUAUCGAACUGCUCUUCCCCGGCCUACCCGAGCAGAUCGAUCUGGAGAUCGACGAGGAUUCGCAGACGCUGUUCUGGACGGAUCGCGGUGGUCCACCCACGGGCACAGAGGGGGAGAAGAAUCCGAAAUACGAGAUUCUGACGAGACGGUUGCAUGAAGCUAUUGGGCUGAAGCUAUAUCAGGUUAACAAACACAUCUACCUGACGGAUCUGGGCGGGGCAGUGUAUAGGAUCGGUAUGGAUGGGAAAAAUAAGAAGAAGAUAUACGAUGAGGAGGCUGCGUUCUCGGGGAGUGGACUAGCUCACGUUUGA